AUGCAACAUUACAAUUUCCCUUGGCCUGAUCGAAUGAGUUGCGAUCAGUUUCCCGAAUACAACAAUCCACAGGGAAUUUUGUGCAUGGAAAGAAAUCUGACAGACUCGACUAAUGGUGGUCGUACUCACUCUCGAAACUAUGACGUCCGGAGGACGGUGAGACCGGAAGAUACACUGCCUACAGAGACUGAAUCACCUCUUCUGGAGGUAACAUCCAGCAACAUUUUACCGGACGCAUGGCUUGAUCGGUUCAACAUGGAAGCCACUCACACACUCCUAAACAAGGCCAUGCAAAACAAGACGAUUCGCAAAUGGAUGAAACUGGAUCCUGGAUUAAAAUUGGCUUGCCAGUGUGAAUGUCUGGUUACUACGAGUCGCACAUCGCAGGAAAUGGACUCGUAUCCCGAAUUACCUAUCAUCUACCUAUCCACAUGUUACUUUAUGGUUUCCCUGGGCUACCUGAUACGGUUAAUCCUCGGACACGAGUCAGUUGCAUGUGAUGCAGCCAUGAUGAGCUCGACCAUGCACGAGGAUAACCCAAUUUCCGAUCUGCGGGUGGACACCGCAAUAGGUGGGACCGAACUCCCACUGUUAACCCGGGCCCUGACAACAGUUGCGCAGGACAUCUCUCAAAUGUCCUCGUUUAAUCGGGUGAAGGUUUUACGCUAUGCGACUUCCGGUCGAGCCAGUUGUGCAAUCGUUUUCCUCUUGGUCUACUUUUUCAGUAUGGCCUCAUCCGUUUGGUGGGUGAUUCUCACAUUCACCUGGUUUUUGGCUGCUGGACUGAAAUGGGGCAGUGAAGCGAUAUCGAGAUAUUCACAAGUAUUCCACUUUAUUGCCUGGUCUGUCCCGACCGCGCUCACGGCACUCGCUCUACUCCUGUCUGUGGUCGAAGGGGAUCCGACUAGCGGUCUGUGCACUGUUGGGACCAAUCGACCCCUGGCCCGAAUUUUGUUCCUAUUCGCACCCUGUUUGGUGCUUUUGGCGCUUGGUGUGAUUUUUCUCCUGGCCGGUUUUGUUGCCCUGUUCCGUAUCCGUGGAGUCAUCAAAUUACAACGGAUUGGAUUGACUAAAACCGACCGACUGGAGACGCUAAUGUUACGGAUUGGAGUGUUUGGUGCAUUGUAUGCGAUUCCGAACAUCACGGUCCUGGUGUGCAUGGGUUACGAGUUACGUGAUACAUACGUCUGGCAAUUGGGACAAGUGUGCCGUUGUGUGUACGAGACCACGUCUGUUUCCCGAGUCCUGUCGCCACUGCCGGGAUCGAAUACCUUGCCUGAGUGGGUUGCGCCCAAACCCGAUUAUAUCAUGUUUUUGUUGAAACAUUUCAUGAGCCUGAUUAUCGGUGUGACUUCGGGAUUUUGGAUUUGGUCGCACAAAACGUUGAAUUCGUGGAGAUUGCUUUGUCGUGGACGAUGUUGUCCUUCGGGUGGGGGAAGUCAGAGUGGUACGGUUCGACUGUUACCAAACACAACCAUUGCUGAACUAGACGGUUCUAGCAAACAAAAUUUAGUCCCCUGGAUCGGGUUCCCGUCAGCUGUAUCGAUGCAUGCCGUGACUCAUCCAGGCAGCUCCGGGGACCCUCGGGGCACGUUCGUUUGCCGAGGACAAAGCAACAAUUCGGAACAGUUCGGGAAACAACAUCCGAUUCAAACGCCCUUGCCACCGGUGCCAACUGGAAAAGAAGUAUACUAUUACGACCGUGUACAUCAAACCUCGAUAAAUAACACAAAUAAUAAUACCUCCUCCGGAUUGAACCAACGACGUAUGAAGGGGUGUUCAAACCGAUCGGACGGAAGUCAAACACUGUUAUCGCCGUACACAGACAACUCGGAUCGACCGACGAUGCUGGAAGGAUCCGCAGAUACUCCGAAGAACUCCACAUUACUUAUGCACCCGAGCAUGUCAUCUAUUAGUGGCUUUCACAGCCCCGGGAAAUCGGUAACCAAUCCAAAUAAUUGGUCCGCUCUGUCUAGCAGUGGAAUUAGCAGUGGUCUCACAAUGGUAGGACAAGUUUCAUCCAUACCAGAUUCAGACAACAAUACGGGAUACCCACCAACGCUUAGUAAAUUGGAUAGCGCUGGUGGAAUCACAAACAGGACCAUGUUCCCAAACAAAAGGCCCGAUUUGACCACAAAUGGAUACAAGAUGGAGAAUCAGAUGGGACCAUCGCAGCAAUCCAACGAUUAUCAUGGCUAUUACAGUUCAGCCUCGGUUAGUCACGAUGCACAUAGAAACCAUUUCGGUAGUGAUAACAAUCAAUGUGUGUUUUCCAAUUCAGCCAAAGAUUUUCACCCUGCUGCUGUACGAUCUGCAGAUUCUGGUCGAUUGAAAUCCAGAUCCGGAGCAUCGGAGAGUCAGUCGAGAGUAGGGACCAGUUCCUCACCGGAUCAGUCAGGAGUGAUGCAUCCGCCCGGCAUACUGAAGGUUUGA